AAUAGUAUUGAAACGUGAACACUGACUAAGUUGUGGUGGUUGUUGUUGUUAAAGCUGCUGUGUUGGGACUGACUUUAAGUAAAUGGAUUGAUAAAUUAUCUUUUUUGUUUUGUUAAUGUUACACGACGGUCUUCGCUGACUGACGGCACAAUGGUUCAAAUAGUCGUAAGAGGCAGUGUGGAUGGCAGCAGUCCUCCAGAAUGGCUGCUGGUGGAGCUGCAGGGAGAGAUGAUGUCCAGACACAACUCUGGUCUGGCAGGAAAUGUGAUGGGAGACCUGCUCUACACCAAAGAGGGGGUGCCAGUGCUGAUUGUAGGACAUCACAUUCUGUAUGGCAAGCAGGUCAAACUGGAGAAACAAUUUGCUGUCCUCACCAAGCAGUCCGACCAUUUGCAGGACACCCUGAGCAAUCAUGAUGCUAACAGUGAUGAUGCCACACAGGUACCCAUGGAAACGGACCAGCAUGGGGCCACCUCCAAGUCUUACUACGUGUCUGCCCUGAUCAAACGGAAGCUGAUCUUUAAGACUCGCCCCAAACCCAUCAUUACUAAUGUACCUAAGAAGGUGUAGUGGGACAUGUUUCCUCACAGGGUCAGAGGUUGUGUCUGACAAUAACAGACUGAUCCUUCUCACCUUUACAGCUUUACAGUAAUGGACUCAAUAUACUUCAGUUUCUGUCGACAUUUAAGCUGUAGUGAUUCCAACAAGAGUCUUUAAUGAGGCUCCUCAAGUAUUAAUGAAUGUUGUGUUGUGAAAAAAAUUAAUAUGUAGAGUAAAAUUAUCUCCACUUGG